GUCUUCCCCCUGUUCUCACUCUGCCCUGCAAUAUCCAAGCCUUCUUCCUCUUCCUUUCUAUUUUUACUCCUCAAAGAGAAAGCAAAGGGAUAGAGAGCUUGGAUUCAUUCAAGUUUGUCGGGAAGAUGUCGCUCCUCACGGAUCUCCUCAACCUGGACCUCUCCGACUGCACCGAGAAAAUCAUCGCCGAAUACAUAUGGGUUGGAGGAUCGGGCAUGGACCUGAGGAGCAAAGCAAGGACUCUCGGGGGCCCCGUUAAUGACCCUUCGAAGCUUCCCAAGUGGAACUACGAUGGUUCCAGCACGAAUCAAGCUCCGGGAGAAGACAGCGAAGUGAUCCUAUACCCUCAGGCCAUCUUCAGGGAUCCUUUCAGGAGGGGCAAUAACAUCCUCGUCAUGUGCGACACCUACACUCCUGCAGGAGAGCCAAUCCCCACAAACAAGAGAUGCGCAGCCGCAAAAAUUUUCAACCAUCCCGAUGUUCUCGCCGAAGAGACCUGGUAUGGGAUCGAGCAAGAGUAUACCUUGUUGCAGAAAGAUGUGAAGUGGCCGCUUGGCUGGCCUCUUGGUGGCUAUCCUGGUCCGCAGGGACCUUACUACUGUGGUGUCGGAGUCGACAAGGCUUUUGGGCGAGACAUAGUCGAUUCCCAUUACAAGGCUUGCUUGUACGCAGGCAUCAACAUUAGCGGCAUCAAUGGUGAAGUGAUGCCCGGACAGUGGGAAUUUCAAGUUGGUCCAGCCGUGGGCAUCUCAGCAGGAGAUGAGUUGUGGGUUGCUCGUUAUCUUUUGGAGAGGAUUACAGAGAUUGCUGGAGUUGUCCUCUCCUUCGAUCCCAAGCCGAUCCAGGGUGAUUGGAAUGGAGCCGGUGCUCACACGAACUACAGUACGAAGUCGAUGAGGAAGGAAGGUGGUUAUGAGGUAAUCAAGAAGGCAAUUGAGAAGCUUGGGCUGAGGCACAAGGAACACAUUGCUGCUUAUGGGGAAGGCAAUGAACGCCGCCUCACGGGACGCCACGAGACUGCAGAUAUUAAUACUUUCAAAUGGGGUGUUGCAAACCGUGGAGCAUCUAUUCGAGUCGGAAGAGACACUGAGAAAGAGGGAAAAGGCUACUUCGAGGACAGGAGGCCUGCCUCGAACAUGGACCCAUAUGUGGUCACCUCGAUGAUCGCUGAGACUACAAUUCUAUGGAAACCUUGAGCUCCUUGUCUGCUGUCACGACUCGGACAAAGGGGGAAAAAGAUCAAAAACAGGAAGGGGGGAAAAAAAAAGUGUGGCCUUUCUUUAUAUGGUUUGUUCGAUGUUUUAAUACUAGAUCACAGGAAUUUUUCUGGUCAUUUUUAAGGUAUUUACUUGAGGCAGCAUCGUGGCUUCCUUGGGGGGUAAUUCGAGUCGGCCUGUUUUUCUCCGAAUAAAUGGUGUAACCGAAGUGGAAAAUAACAGUUGGAAGAAGGCUGCUAUUGUUUGGAUAUGCA